GCAACAAGCCACGAGCUCCACGUCUGGAUAUUUGACAGCGCUCCUCGGUCCGGCCUGAUGGUGGGACCCAGGGGCCCGGGCAGCCCCUGCUGGGAGGAGGAUGAGUGCCUGGACUACUACGGGCUGCAGCCCCUGCACCGCGUGUUCCAGGUGGUGGGCGCCCAGCUGAGCGAGCAGGAGCUGGCCGUGCUCUCCUUCCUCCUGGACGAGGCUCUACCGGCGCCCCAGGAAAGCCCGCCCGGCUUGGCCCCACGAAGGAGCCCGCAGCCAGCCCCCGCCCGCUCCGGGCUAGAGCUCCUGCUCGAGCUGGAGAGGAGGGGCCAGUGCGAUGAGGCCCGCCUGGGGCCCCUGAAGCAGCUGCUACGGGUGCUGUCCCGCCAGGACCUGCUGCCCAGGCUCUCACUCAAGCGAAUGCGCCCAGUGUCCCCAGAGCGUUAUAGCUGUAGUCCUUCUGGGUCAGAGACCGAGAGGCCAGAAGGGAACUGCCUGGGCCCAGCCAGUACAACUUCCCCACGGGCUCAGUGGGAGACAGGUUCACCUCCUGGGAAGAGGCAGAGGAGAAGCCUGGGCCGCACCAGAGGCAGGAGGCGUCGAGGCCUGCAGGGAGCUUUGAGGGCAAGAAAUCCUGGAUCAUCUUCCACUCCGAACAGAGUGACCUGUGAUAUCCGCCUUCGAGUACGGGCCGAAUACUGUGAGCAUGGGUCAGCCUUGGCCCAAGGGGUGGCAUCCCGGCGGCCCCAGUCACUGGCCCGCCAGCUGGACCUGUUCGGGCAGGCCAUGGCUGUGCUGAAAUCGAGGGACCUGGGUUCUGUGGUGUGUGACAUCAAGUUCUCCGAGCUUUCGUACCUGGAUGCUUUUUGGGGGGACUACCUGAGUGGGGCCCUGCUCCAGGCCCUGCGGGGCGUCUUCCUGACAGAGGCCCUUCGGGAGGCUGUGGGCCGGGAGCCCAUCCGCUUGCUGGUCAGCGUGGACGAGGGGGAUUACGAGGCUGGUCGGCGCCGCCUGCUGCUGCUGGGGGGCCACUCACCUGGGGGGAUACAGGCCCCGCCACCCCGCUGACCGGGGCCUUGGACACCUGGGAGGGGGCGCCAUUGCCCUGCCCAGCUGUCAUCCUCAUCUGGCUCCCUCCCAGCCCGGCUUGGGUGUCCCGAGAGCCCCAUCCCUGCUGUGGGUGGGCUGGUGGGUAGCCCAGAGUGGGGGGGGCGCCCUCCUCUUGUCUCCCCUCCUCCCCACAGAGAAGAGCGUACGUUCAGUGUAGCCGAUGUAGACUUUGUUCCUAGGCCUUCACCGCCCCUAGCUCCAGCCGCCCAGGCCUUCAGACACUGGCACCCAGUCAGAGCCCUGGCUGGGCCCGCAGAGGCCAUCGGUGGGCGUUGGGGAGGCCCCGGUCAUCUCCAGCGAGCACAGACCGGAGAGGCCACCUGGUCCAACCCAUUUGUUUUACUGACAGGAAGGCUGAGGCCCAGAGAGGAGGGAAGGAGGUGGAGAUCCAGAAGCCCACAUGGCCUAACCCCAAACCCGGCCUUUGUCUAAACAGCCUAACGGUGGGGUGCUUGUGGGACCACGCGGGAGCUAUGGUGUCCUCUAGGGGGUAGUGUAGGGUAGUGGCCAGAGCACUGGCCUCCCUGCCUCAGUCACCCCAUCUGUAAAAGAAGGGAGUUGGACUCAUUGGCUGAAUUAGUGUUGGAGUUGGAGGAAGCUUAGAGGCCGCAUGUCCAGCUCCUCCUUUGAGGAGGCCCGCGGGAAGAGAGGAAGCCUGCUUCAUGCUGCGGUGGGCUGGGCGACGUUGGGCAAGUUCCCCGCCCACACACAGGCUAUGCAGGUUGUUUGGGUGGCUGGGAUGGGUGAGUCAGGAGGCUGCCUGCGAGGGCAGGAGCGCAAGCCCUGGGAGGCUGGAGAACGCGGGCCGGGUGGGAACGGAAAAGCCACUGAUGCGUCCGGGCUUUGCUUUCUGCACCUGCAAAGUGGGCUCCAUCUACAGGCCUCCGCUUGGGAGCUCCCACUCAGCCGGGGCCUGGCUCGGGCCACUCUUGGCUCUGGAGUUCGUCUCCUGCAGGCAGGCAGGCCGGCCCGGCCCUCGCGGGGGGGAACUGCCCAAGCUUCCGGGCUUUACUCCCUCUCCUCCCGGGCCGCCUGCGCGGGACGUGGCUGGGGAGCGCUGGGAGGCGGCACCAAUAAAGAGGCCAAGCUGGGAAUGAAA